GAAAACGACACCGCACAUAUGUAAUUAAACAAUAGGAAACUUUCGAAUAUGCAAGCAGCCCAUCUCUAAGAGUUUCCAUCUCUAGCAACAGUCUGACGUCAUACAACCUAUAGCACACGAGUGACGUCGUGACAUGUGUCUUCGUCUAUCGUCUUUGUUAACCUCACUUUUUGCAAGGUGUACGUCAGUUUGUUCAGUUUGUUGUUUAAAUACGUAAAUAAAAAUAAUUUCGCUAUGGAAAAUGCAAACGAAGAUACAAACAAAAUAAAAGUAGGUGAUUUUGUUAUCGUCCAGCGCCAAGGAUACACAAAGCUUCAUAAAAUAAAAGCUCAGAGCAACUUGAUCUUGGGCUCAUUUCACAUAGAAAUGGACAACGUGAUAGGCGAGAGGUAUUUCGAUACGUUUCAAAUGAAAAACACCUCAAACAGCAAAAAAUUCUACACUCUGGAGAAGGUGAACGAAGUAAAUUCUGUUGUUGAAAGCUUAAACAUUGAGAAAUCUGGAACUGAUAACAGACACAUCCAAGUCAAUGCAGAAUCACAAGGGUUGUCAAAAGAGGAUAUUGAUAAGUUAAAAGAUGAACAGUUUGGGUCCAGCAACAUUGUAGAGCAGCUAGUUAAUAAUUCAAAAACAUUCAAUAUGAAAACAGAGUACAGUCAAGAAAAGUAUCUGAAGAAAAAGGAAAAGAAAUAUUUUGAAUAUAUUGUCAUAAGGAGACCAACUAUAAGAUUACUAGCCCAAAUGUUUUAUAGGCAAGAUCCUACAAAAACAUUGGGAAUUAGAGUAGAUGACCUCUCACAGAUUCUUAACCAUGCUAAUAUACAUCCUGAAGGAAAUCACCUGUUGUAUGACAGUGGCACCUCUGGUCUACUACCUGCUGCCAUUACAAACCUCAUAGGCUCCAAAACCGAGGGUCACCUCAUACACAUGCACCCAGGAAAUGAAUGUCAAAAAAAUGCAUUUAUGGCCAUGCAGUUCCCCCAAGAACAAGUUGAAAGGUGCACCAAUGUCAACCUAUACUCAGUGCUUAGAUGUUUCUAUCAAAAUAAAGACAGUUAUAAGAAAACUCAAGAUACAGAAAUUGAUAACAGUUGUGAGGAACCUGCACAGAAGAAAAUCAAAGUUGAAGACGGUGAGGAACAAUUGCCCAAAAAAUCUUGGCAGAUAGAUAAUGAAAGAGCAUGCAGAAUACUCAGUAAUAGGGUUGAUUCAUUGAUUAUAACUUCAAAAGAACACCCUGUUAAUAUAACAAAGGAACUGCUGCAAUUUCUAAAUGGUAAUAGACAAUUUGUGGUGUUUAAUAUAUUAAAAGAACCUUUAAUGGAUCUCUACAACUACCUAAAAUCAAGAGAGGAUAUAAUUUCAAUAAGAUUAUGCAAUAAUUUUAUGAGAAAUUACCAGGUAUUACCAGAAAGGACUCAUCCAGAAGUGAAUAUGUGUAGUGGUGGAUAUAUUUUAACAGCCUACAAACUCAGUUGUUGAAUUUUGCUUUUUUUUAUAAUAAAUGCAUUUACUUCCAGACCCACCAUUAGUAAAGUAUUUACAAUACCACCUUUAGGAUUGAUCAUAAGGCAUCUUAAUAAUCCUUACUGUAUCAUGUACACUAAAGUUAUGUAACUUAUGAAAAAAACUAUAAACACUAAAAAUGAGUAAUAUUGGCAGCAAUGUAUUUUUGUAAUGUAUAUUUCUUAGUAUAGAAGCCUACCUGUGUGAAAUACUGCUGCAACAUAAUCUUAUUUGGUUGAGGUACCAGAUACUCCAAGUAUCCUUGUAAAAAUUGAUACUGUGCCGCUAAGAACACUAAACUUUCCACAGCUACAAUCCUUUCAGCCAGACCAUGUAAAUGUUCAGGUUUUUGAAGAUUUACCAUAGGUGACAGAGAGGGUUUUAGUAUUUUACCCUCAAUGUUAUCACUUUCUUGCAAGUUGUUUUCCAAAAUUAAAUUAUCAGAAAUCUUAUUUAGUGUCAUGGUUAGCUCUUGAGAAUAUAAAUUUGCACUAGAAACACUCUACAACAAAAUGUUGAAUUUCAUCUAAACUGUGUUAUUGUAGCUAAGGUUCGGACAUCAAAAUUUUUGUAAAUUUAGAAACGCAACUUACCAAAUCGCUUGCAAAAAACAAGUGAACAGCAUACAAAUAGUAAUCAAAAAGUUGACUCAUACAAGUUAUUAUUUGGAAUGCUAUUGGUUGUAAUAACCUGGACAUUUGGAUAUACUUUCCAAUCUGUCUGAGUACCGAGAGAGUCGUGUUUGUCAAAAUUGGGGCCUUUUGAUGAUGUUUGUCCUUUUUAUCUUUGACCAGUAGCCUACAAUAUACAAGAUAGAUCACACUUUUAUUUUGGUACAAUUAAUACAUGUAUCAUUGUUCAAACUAUCUUGAAUAUGGCAAUAAAAAUA